UGUUUGUAUUCUUGAUAUUCUAAUAAUUACUACCGUGCCUUUUAGCCUCAGUUACUAUUCUAUUAUUUUAGUAUCAUGUGUUUUGUGUAUUUUUUGCUUCCUUUUUUGAUUUAUUGACCUUCAAAUCAACUCUCAUUGUACUUGUAUUUUGGCUCUGUGUUGUCGAUAAUAAUAAUAUUGCUGCCUUUUUAUAAACAUUCUGUGCUAUUAAUUCAGCAAAAAAUAUUUUUCUUCUUUUUCAUUCAAUCACUCUGGUAUUAUCACGUGAUCCAGUUGGGGGCUGCGACCGCUGCGUGUGGCCGGGUACUGGCAUGGCUAUGGCGUCUAAAGGCAAAAAUCAAUUAAAUGAAAGAGCUGGUCACUACACUGUAUCUGUAGGUGAUUUGCUGUAUGUGUGGGCUGGUAAACAGCGUGGUUUACUACCUGAAUUGCAUCAUAGUGAAGAGAAGAGAAGGAUUACUUGUAAUAUACAGCACUUUACUCCUUCAACUGGCCAAUGGAUCACUAGAGGUACUACUGGUACUCCUGCAAAAGGGGUGAAUGGAUAUUUGUGCUGUACUACAGCAAUAAAUGAUCAAUUGUAUUAUUUUGGAGGCCGGUUGGUGUGGCCAUGACAACUGCUAUCACAAUAGUAUCACACAACUGGAUACUGUUAGUCUCCAAUGGAGAGAAUUAGAACCGACUGAUGCAACUAGACCAGUUAUGAUGAGAGCUUAUGGUGGAAUGAUAUCAUUUGAACAUGAUGGAGUCCACCAUUUACUAAUGAUAGGAGGACUAGGAUCUAAACCAGCUGUACAACUACCUUAUUAUAAAUAUAUUGAGUUAUCUAAUGGAAGAUGGCGUACUAAUGAACACUCAAUGUAUAAUUUAUCAUCAAGAAAAUGGAAUAAUCCUUCAAUCAUUGGUCAGUGUAUACCACCUCUGAGUCACUUUAUCAUGGAAAAGAUCAAUAACACUAGAGCUGUUCUGUUUGGUGGAGUAAUGACUGAUGAUGAUGCUAAGAAUACUGCUACUAACAAUGUUUAUAUAUAUAUUAGAGAUAUCAAUCAGCACUGUGUUCUGGCUGUGUAUAAAAAAGCCUGAAGCAAUAGACCAAUGGCCUGUGGGUAGAUGGUGUCAUGCUGGUGCUAUUAUUAUAACUAGAUCAGAC